AUGCCCGACCCACCCCCCUCGCCUCCCGACGACGCCCCGGCGCGUCACGCGUUCAACGCCGACCGCGCCGUCGCGAGCGAGCGCGCUGAAACCGCCCGCGCGACUCCCGCGAGCGAUGUCCCAGCGUCCACCAGCCGCCUCGUCGGUUUCGCCUCGAGCACCGUCGAGCGCGUCGACGCCGCGUUCAAGGCGUCCACGGUCGGACUGAUGACUCGAGAAGAUUUCGUCAAGCGUCAGGACGAGAUCGAGGGCGCGAUGGCGAGGGAAAAGGCUGAGAAGGAGGAGGAGGCGCGAACGCGGGCCGAGGAGGUCAAGGCGAAGCGGAAGCGAAAACGGGCGACGAAGACGUCGCAUAAAUUAUCGUUCGGCGACGAGGAAUCAGACGAAGUCGCGGAGGGUGAAGAACUAGUCGUAAAUAAGGGCUUCGGGCUCGGGAAGAACCCGAACGUGAACACAGAAUUUCUCCCCGACCGCGCGAGAGAGGAGGAGGAGCUUCGAGAGCGACGAGCGAUAGAGGAGGAAUUUCUCACCAAGUCGCGCUUGGAGAGGAACGAACCCGUGAUCAUCACGUAUAGUUAUUACGACGGCUCGCGCAGAGCCGGCGGGAAGAUCAAAUGCGUCAAAGGCGAUACCGUGGAGGCGUUUCUCGGCAAGGUGCGCGCCGAGCUCUUGGCCGACGGCGAGCGCACCGUGCAGCGAGACAUGCGUCACUGCGACGUCUCCGGGAUGAUGUACGUCAAAGAAGAUUUGAUCAUGCUCCCAGAUUUAACUUUCCACGAGCUCAUCACGACCAAGGCGCGCGGGAAAUCCGGACCGCUGUUUCGCUUCGACGUCAAGGACGACGUUCGCCUCCGCGGCGGCGCCAACGUCGAGGUUGAAAAUUCCCAUCCCGGCAAGGUCAUCCUCCGCUCUUGGUACGACAAGAACAAGUCCAUGUUUCCAGCGAACCGUUGGGAGGUUUUCGAGCGCGGCAAAUCGUACGCCGAGGAGGGCUACCGGAUCAAGUGA